GACGCCGGGUAAAGCCGGCCGGGAGCCGGCCCAGCCCCGCCGCCGGCCGUAGCGGGGUGGCCGCGCACCUUCGGGGCGGGCUGCGGCAGGGAGGCAGCGUGGCCAUGGACCUCUACCUGGCCGUGCCGCUGCUCUUCACCCUCCUGGCCCUCGUCCUGGCCUCCGUCUUUGUGAGGCUGCGGGGAACGGGAGGAGAAGGAGGAGGAGGAGGCGGGGAGAGGCUCCGGGAAGCGGGCGCCGAGGAGCCGGGCUCCGGAGCGGAGGCUGCCGAGGGGCCGGAGGCUGAGGGCGGCCGGGUGCCGGUGGAGGAGGUCGGGGCGGGCGACGAGGGGAAGGAGGCGGCCUCCGAGCGGCGGGAGGACAAGGAGAAGGAGAAGGAGGAGGCUGCAGCAGCAGCAGCAGCAGCAGAACGGGGCCCCGAGGCCGAGCCGAGCCCCGCGGAGACCGAGAGCAUCCCCCGGCAGCCUCCCGCCACCGAGCCCCGGGAGGCCGGGCAGCAGCAGCAGCAGCAGCAGCAGAAGGAGGAGGAGGAGGAGGCAGAGACCAAGGAGGAAGAACCGGACUCAGAAAGUGAGAAGUUGGUGGUGAGAGAGCCGGAGGAUGAGGAUGCUGCAGACGAGACGUUCUCUUUUAAAUACAGUCCUGGAAAGCUGAGGGGAAACCAGUACAAGUCGAUGAUGACCAAAGAAGAACUCGAGGAAGAACAAAGGGUUCAGAGAGAGCAGCUGGCUGCCAUCUUCAGGCUCAUGAAGGAAAAAAGUGACACAUUUGGAGAGAUGUCUGAAGGAGACAUGAAGGAGCAGCUUAGACUGUAUGAUAUAUAACUCUGUAGCCAGUGAAGACUAUGCCCAGAAGUCAUCUUGGCCCUUAUUAUGCAGGACACUGGAGAUUAUAGUACUAUAAACAUGUUUCAGUAGUUAUUUUGCAUUUCCAGGUUGUUUUGCAAAUCUGUAUAGGUCUAUAAUAUGUAUUUUUAAAGACUUGCAUUUUUUCACCCUUUUCAUUGUUUUUUCUUGAGGAACUAUCAUGGCAUUUUCAUCUCAUAUAGAGAUUUUACCUCUUUCUGGCUGGGCCAUAUGUCUCAGUCAUAGAAAGCAGUUAAACUUGCAACUUUUUCCUGGUCAUGCUUUGUAAGAAUGAAUUUUCAAACCUAGUCAUUAAUUGGUUUGAGACCUGAAAGAAGCCAAAGAUGAUAGAAGAGCAGAUUUAAAAUGGGUGAAAAGAAUAGAAUCAUAGAACAAUUUGUGUUGGAAGAACAAAAGGAGGUCUGUAGUUCAGCCUCCUGCUCAAAGCAGUAUCAGCUAUUGGAUCAGGCCAGGUUACUCAGGGCUUUAUCCUGUUGGGUCUUGAAAACCUCCAUGGAUGGAGACUGCACAACCUCUCUUGGCAGAGAGGCUUUCAAUUCUACAGUUAGAAAGGAAAUAGCCAAAGACAAAGCAUUAAUGCUCUGAUUAGAUGUGAGCUGCCAUUCCAUCUCCUUGAAAGGAAUACUUCAUCCUCCUUCACACUGGAUUUUUGAAACAAAUCCAAGACGAUUCCGGCUGACCCCGUUGAGCUCAUCUUCAUGCCUGUGAAAACUGCAGCUAGCUUCAGCCUGGAAGCAAAAACAUCUCUUCGCCUCUUGACUCUGGUAAAAGCAGUACAGAAAGGUGGCUGUCACUUUUAGAAGAACGAUUGUGUCAAACUCAGAUCCUAUUCUCCUAACGUAAAAAUUAUGUGGGAAACUAUGUACUUAGGAAACCUCUGUGAACUUAUCAAGUAUUUUGAACAGUUUUGACCAAACCUUGGUGGUUUGGACAGAGUAAAUCAGUGAGCAUUCCUAACUUAAA